AUGGCCCCAAAAGAAUCCCAUCAGUAUAUGGGGCUUAUCAAGUUGCUUGAACAUUUUGGAUGGUUGUGGAUUGGGCUUUAUGUUGUGGAUGAUGACAGUGGUGAACAUUUUGUGCAAGCCCUGGAGCCAUUGUUAUCCCAGAAUAAGAUAUGCGCAGCUUUCACAAGAAUCAUCGCACAACGACGCCAUAUAAAUUCCAUGCAGGAAAUUGGCAAUAUGGCCUCAAAUAUUUAUAAAUCUUCCAUAGAGAACAAAGUCAAUACAUUCAUCAUCUAUGGUGAAUCUAGGACCAUGGUAGCGCUGACUACCUUCAUGUUUCUAGGAGAUACCAGUUCCUCUGGAAGGGUAUGGAUAUUGACAGCCCAGAUUGAUUUCACAUUAAUGAGCCUUCAAAAGAAUGUAGGUUUUGAACUGUUUCAAGGGGCCAUUUCCUUCGCAAUCCAUUCUACUGAGCUUCUAGAAUUCCACCAGUUCCUUCAUACUGUAAAACCUGGCUGGACAGAAGGAGAUGGUUUUCUCAAGGAUUUCUGGGAGCAAGCAUUCAACUGUGAAUUUCCAGAUCCCCAGAAGUUGACAGAGACCAACGAGGCUGGGACAUGUACUGGGGAAGAGAAGUUGGAGAGCAUUCCUCGGACUUUUUUUGAAAUGGGCAUGACUGGCCAUAGCUACAGUAUCUAUAAUGCUGUCUAUGCUGUGGUGCAUGCUUUGAGUAAUCUAAUCUCAUCUAGAUCAAAACACAGAGGAAGGGUGGAGCGUAAAAGAGUUGAACCGCAAGACCUCAAGCCUUGGCAGCUCCAUCCAUUUCUUCAAGGUCUUUUGUUUAAUAACUCAGCUGGAGAAAUGGUGUCCUUUAAUGAUGAAAGGGAAAUUGGAGGUGGAUUUGACAUCAUUAAUAUGGUAACGUUCCCCAAUACCUCCUUCCAGAGGGUGAAAGUUGGAACGACACAACCCAAAGUUCUUGGAGGAGGCGAAUUCAUCAUUAAUGACGAUAAGAUUGUGUGGCAUGGAGAUUUUAACCAGGUACUACCCCUUUCUCUGUGUAAUGAGCAUUGCUACCCGGGUAAUCACAAGAAAAGUAAGGAAGGGGAAAAAUUUUGUUGCUAUGAUUGUGACCCAUGUCCAGAAGGGAAGAUUUCAAAUGAGAAUGACAUGGCUGACUGUUUCAGUUGCCCUGAAGAUCAAUAUCCAAGCAAGGAAAAUGAUAGAUGCAUCCCAAAGACUAUAAGCUUUCUUUCGUAUGAAGAACCCUUAGGAAUCAGUUUAACCUCAGUCUCUGCUUCCUUUGCCCUGAUCACAGCCUUGGUGCUACGAACCUUUUUAAAGCACAAAGAUACCCCCAUAGUCAAAGCCAACAACCGGGAUCUUACCUAUACUCUCCUCAUCUCCAUCCUGCUCUGCUUCCUCUGUUCUUUGCUAUUCCUUGGCCAACCUGGGAAACUAACCUGCUUUCUUCGACAAUCGGCUUUUGGCCUCAUCUUCUCAUUGGCUGUUUCUUGUGUGUUGGCCAAAACAAUCACUGUGGUUGUAGCUUUCAUGGCCACCAAACCAGGGUCCAACAUGAGGAAGUGGGUGGGGAAAAGAUUGGCCAACUCCAUUGUCUUUUCUUGCUCCCUAAUUCAAGCCGGCAUUUGUACCAUCUGGCUUGGAACAUCUGCCCCAUUCCCAUAUUUAGACAUGCAAUCACUGGCUGGAGAAAUCAUAGCAUUAUGUAAUGAAGGAUCCGUCAUUAUGUUUUAUCUUGUCCUGGGCUAUAUGGGAUUUCUGUCCAUCAUCAGUUUCUCGGUGGCUUUCCUUGCCAGGAAGUUGCCAGACAGUUUUAAUGAAGCCAAGUUCAUCACCUUCAGUAUGGUGGUGUUUUGCAGUGUUUGGGUGUCUUUUGUUCCAAGCUAUCUGAGCACCAAAGGGAAAUACAUGAUUGCUGUGGAGAUCUUCUCUAUCUUAGCCUCCAGUGCUGGAUUACUAGGUUGCAUCUUUUUCCCCAAAUGCUACAUUAUUGUGCUGAGACCUGAGCUGAACAACAGAGAACAGUUAAUUAGAAGAAAGAAUUAG